CGUGCCAAACUUAUCACCAACAGUAACCAGGUUUGAAUGAGCUAGGACCUUUUCCUGAUGCGUCCGUGUUUUAUGGGAAGUGUGUUGGUGAUGCACUGAAUUGACGGUAACCGCGGGACAGUAUUCAGUGUAUGUUGGAGAGAGCUGAAGUUAGCUUAGCUUUACAGCUAUUUUCCGGGUUUUUUUUUUUACACUGUUUUAUCAGUAGAAUGUUACUUUUCUGUGUUUAAGAAACCUUAACGUUCACAAUGAAUCUGGACAGACUGAGAAAGCGUGUACGCCACUACAUUGACCAGCAACAGUAUCAAAGUGCUCUCUUUUGGGCUGACAAAGUAGCAUCUUUAUCCCAUGAGGACCCCCAAGACAUUUAUUGGUUAGCACAGUGCCUUUACCUUACUUCACAGUAUCACAGAGCUUCUCAUGCCCUAAGGUCUCGCAAACUCGAUAAGUUAUAUGCAGCUUGCCAGUAUCUUGCUGCAAGGUGUCAUUAUGCGGCCAAAGAAUACCAGCAGGCACUUGACAUACUGGACAUGGAGGAAUCAGCAAGUAAAAAGUUAUUGGACAAGGGUGUAAAGGAUGAAAACGGUGCCACAGAAACUGCCAAGGAGUGGGAAAUGUCACCAUCUUCUAUCAGCAGUUCUGUUUGUCUCCUACGGGGAAAGAUUUAUGAUGCCAUGGAUAACAGACCUCUUGCCACGUCCAGCUACAAAGAGGCCUUGAAACUGGACGUUUACUGCUUUGAAGCUUUUGACCUUUUAACAUCUCAUCACAUGCUUACCGCUCAAGAGGAGAGAGAUUUCUUGGAUUCUCUUCCAUUUAGCCAACAGUGUACUGUGGAGGAUGAAGAGCUGCUACAUUUUCUUUAUGAGAAUAAGCUAAAAAAGUAUAACAAGCCCAGCGAGAUGGUUGUUUCGGACAUAGUGAAUGGUCUACAAGACAACUUGGAUGUAGUUGUCUCUCUUGCAGAACGACAUUAUUACAACUGUGACUUUAAGAUGUGCUACGCGCUCACUUCUAUGGUAAUGGUAAAAGACCCGUUCCAUGCAAAUUGUUUACCGGUGCAUAUAGGAACCCUAGUCGAGCUGAGCAAAGCAAAUGAAUUGUUUUACCUCUCUCAUAAACUAGUGGAUUUAUACCCAAAUAACCCAGUGUCAUGGUUUGCUGUGGGAUGCUACUAUCUCAUGGUGGGGCAUAAAAAUGAACAUGCACGCCGGUACCUAAGUAAGGCCACCACACUGGAGCGCACGUAUGGGCCUGCAUGGAUAGCGUACGGCCAUUCAUUUGCUGUGGAGAGUGAACAUGACCAGGCCAUGGCAGCAUAUUUUACUGCUGCCCAGCUGAUGAAAGGGUGCCACUUACCCAUGCUGUAUAUUGGUCUGGAGUAUGGUCUAACUAACAACCCGAAGCUGGCAGAGCGCUUUUUUAGCCAGGCUCUGAGCAUCGCUCCAGAAGACCCCUUCGUCAUUCAUGAAGUAGCUGUGGUGGCCUUUCAGAAUGGAGACUGGAAGACGGCAGAGAAGUUGUUUUUAGAUGCACUGGAGAAGAUCAAGGCAAUUGGCAAUGAGGUAACAGUGGAUAAAUGGGAACCAUUGUUAAACAACCUAGGUCACGUCUGUCGAAAACUCAAGAAAUAUGAGCAGGCGCUAGAAUACCAUCGACAGGCUCUAGUUCUUGUCCCCCAGCAUGCCUCUACCUACUCAGCCAUCGGCUAUGUUCACAGCCUUAUGGGGAACUUUGAAAGUGCUAUUGACUACUUUCACACUGCACUUGGUUUGAAAAGGGAUGACACAUUUUCUGUUACCAUGCUCGGCCACUGCAUCGAGAUGUACAUUGGUGACUCAGAUGCAUACUUAGGAACUGACAUCAAGGACAAAGUGAAGAUGAUUCCGAAUACAACCGCUAUAAAAAAGAUACUUAGCAGCACGUCGGCGGACGAAAACGAGAGUCAACCACAGCCUCUGGAGGACAGCAGUGUCAUGUCACUGGAGACUCCACCUGCAGAUGCCUUCCAGCGCUUUCUCUUAGAAUGUGACACGCGGGAGAACGACAUGAUGCUAGAAACCUCCAUGUCCGACACCAGUACGUGAUGAUGGUGAUGAGCCUUGUAAUAGUACGAAAGAGUUAUUUGUUAAUGACUGAGUAAUGAAACAGCUGCUCUGAAGAUGGUGUAUGCACAACCCUCCAUUUAAAGCAAAAGUCUUUAUUUACAUUGUUUUGCACUUAAAUCAAUUUUUAUUGCAAAUAAAAGUGCUAAACUGGUUGGGAUUUUCA